AUGUCCGUCCAGUCCAAGCUGCCAAGCCCCUUCCUCUGGGGGUAUGCGACCGCAAGCUACCAGAUCGAAGGCUCCCCAGCGGCAGACGGCCGCCUCCCCUCCAUCUGGGACACCUUCGCCUCGAAGCCCGGGAAGACCCUUGAUGGGCUCGAUGGGUCUCACGCAACCGAGUCCUACUCCAAGUGGAAGGACGACAUCGCCCUGCUCAAGCAGUACGGCGCGAAGAGCUACAGGUUCUCCCUCAGCUGGAGCAGGAUCAUCCCGAAGGGAGGAAGGGGGGAUCCAGUGAACGAAGCGGGGAUCAAGCACUAUUCGGACUUCAUCGAUGGUCUGCUAGAGGCUGGGAUCACACCUUUUGUCACUAUAUACCACUGGGACUUACCCCAGGAACUUCACGACCGGUAUGGGGGCUGGCUGGACAGGCGCAUCAUAGAUGACUUUGUGAACUAUGCCGAAGUCUGUUUCAAGGCUUUUGGCGAUAGGGUCAAGCACUGGUUGACGAUCAACGAGCCCUGGUGUGUUGCUGUCCUCGGCUACUGCGUGGGUAUCCACGCCCCAGGCCGGUGCUCAGACCGGAACAAGUCCCCCGAGGGAGGAGACAGUGCUACCGAGCCUUGGAUUGUGGCCCAUCAUGAGAUCCUCGCCCAUGCGCAAGCGGUCAAGAUCUACCGCGACAAGUACAAGCCUGCCCAAGGUGGCGAGAUUGGGAUCACCCUCAACGGUGACUGGUGCAUGCCGUAUGAUGAUUCUCCAGAGAACGUCAAAGCCGCCCAGGACGCGCUGGAUACUGCUAUAGGUUGGUUCGCCGACCCAAUCUAUCGAGGCUUCUACCCCGAGUCAAUGAAGAAGAUGCUCGGGUCCCGCCUGCCAACCUUUACAGAAGAAGAGUGGGCCCUCGUGCACGGUUCCUCCGAUUUCUACGGUAUGAACACGUACACCACCAAACUAUGCAAGGCUGGCGGGACGUUGGAACAUCAUGGGCUUACGGACAGCACGUUCACUCGCCCGGAUGGGACGCAACUCGGUGUGCAGGCACAUUGCUCGUGGUUGCAGGCCUAUGCACCUGGAUUCCGCGCUCUACUUAACUAUCUCUGGAAGACCUACAAGAAGCCGAUCUAUGUCACUGAGAACGGGUUUGCGGUCAAGGACGAGGGCAGCAAGCCCCUCUCCGAAGCGAUCCACGACACCGACCGUGUGAACUACUACCAGGGCAACCUCGACGCCCUCCUGGCGGCAGCAACUGAGGACGGAUGCGAUAUCCGCUCGUACUUCGGCUGGAGUCUGUUGGAUAACUUUGAGUGGGGUGAUGGCUAUGUCACGAGGUUUGGUGUUACGUAUGUCAACUAUGAGACGCAGGAGAGGACGCCCAAGGACUCAGCGCGGCUGAUUGCCAAGUGGUUUGGGGAACAUGUUGCUAGCGCAAGUGCGUAGCGUAACAUAGGUAUGCGUGUGCGUCGGUGUAAGGUAGGAGACGGAAAGGCGAAAUAUGUAUAU